AUGGCCGGUGUUUUAGAAAAUGCAAGAAAAGAGAUUAAACGUCUUUCAAUAGAUGACACUAAAGAAGGACAGUAUGGAUCAAUAUAUUCAGUUUCUGGUCCAGUUGUUGUUGCAGAAAACAUGAUUGGAUGUGCGAUGUAUGAAUUAGUUAAAGUUGGUCAUGAUAAUUUAGUUGGAGAAGUCAUUAGAAUUAAUGGUGAUAAAGCAACUAUUCAAGUCUAUGAAGAAACUGCUGGUGUAACAGUUGGAGAUCCAGUUUUAAGAACUGGUGCACCAUUAUGUGCUGAAUUGGGUCCUGGUUUAUUAAAUACUAUUUAUGAUGGGAUUCAAAGACCUUUAAAAUCAAUUAGAGAAGAAACAAAUUCAAUUUAUAUUCCAAGAGGUAUUGAUGUACCUUCAUUAUCAAGAACAACUGAAUAUGAUUUUAAACCUGGUCAAUUAAAAGUUGGAGAUCAUAUUACUGGAGGUGAUAUUUAUGGUUCAAUUUUUGAAAAUUCAUUAUUAGAUGAUCAUAAGAUAUUAUUGCCACCAAGAGCAAGAGGUACUAUAACAUCAAUAGCAGAAGCUGGUUCUUAUAAUGUUGAAGAUACUGUUUUAGAAUUAGAAUUCGAUGGUAAAAAACAUAAAUAUUCAAUGAUGCAUACUUGGCCAGUAAGAGUUCCAAGACCAGUUGCUGAAAAAUUAACCGCUGAUUAUCCUUUAUUAACUGGUCAAAGAGUGUUAGAUUCUUUGUUUCCUUGUGUUCAAGGUGGUACUACUUGUAUUCCUGGUGCUUUUGGAUGUGGUAAAACAGUUAUUUCACAAUCAUUAUCUAAAUUCUCAAAUUCAGAUGUUAUUAUUUAUGUUGGAUGUGGGGAAAGAGGUAACGAAAUGGCCGAAGUUCUAAUGGAAUUUCCAGAGUUAUUUACCGAAAUUGAUGGUAGAAAGGAACCAAUUAUGAAAAGAACAACAUUAGUUGCAAAUACAUCAAAUAUGCCAGUAGCAGCAAGAGAAGCUUCUAUUUAUACGGGUAUUACCUUGGCUGAAUAUUUCAGAGAUCAAGGUAAGAAUGUUUCUAUGAUUGCUGAUUCAUCAUCACGUUGGGCAGAAGCUUUAAGAGAAAUUUCAGGUAGAUUAGGUGAAAUGCCUGCUGAUCAAGGUUUCCCAGCAUAUUUAGGUGCUAAAUUAGCUUCCUUUUAUGAAAGAGCUGGUAAAGCAACAGCUUUGGGUUCGCCAGAUAGAGUUGGGUCAGUUUCUAUAGUUGCAGCAGUUUCACCAGCUGGUGGUGAUUUUUCAGAUCCUGUUACAACUUCAACAUUAGGUAUUACACAAGUUUUCUGGGGUUUAGACAAAAAAUUAGCACAAAGAAAACAUUUCCCUUCAAUAAAUACUGCAGUAUCAUAUUCAAAAUAUACUAAUGUUUUGAAUAAAUAUUAUGACUCAAAUUAUCCAGAUUUCCCACAAUUAAGAAACAAAAUAAAAGAAAUCUUGUCUAAUGCUGAAGAAUUAGAACAAGUUGUUCAAUUAGUUGGUAAAUCGGCAUUAAGUGAUUCCGAUAAAAUUACCUUGGAUGUUGCUUCAUUAAUCAAAGAAGAUUUCUUACAACAAAAUGGUUAUUCAACAUAUGAUCAAUUUUGUCCGAUUUGGAAAACUUAUGAUAUGAUGAGAGCUUUCGUAAGUUAUUAUGAUGAAGCACAAAAAGCCGUUGCUAAUGGUGCUCAAUGGUCAAAAUUGUCUGAACAAACUGGUGAUGUUAAACAUGCUGUUUCUUCUGCUAAAUUUUUUGAACCUUCAAAAGGUGAAAAAGAAGGUGAAAAAGAAUAUGGUGAAUUAUUAACUAAAAUUUCAGAAAGAUUUGCUGAAGCUUCUGAAUAG